AUGAAUACUUUAAAAGAAAUCAAACUAUAAUAAUAAAGCUCUUCCAAUUAUUUUAGCAAAAAGAAUAAGAGUAGCUUUUUAUCUUUUAGCGAUCUUUCGUAGUUAUUAAAUGAAAACAUCAAAAAAGGAACUUAGUUACCUCUUAAGUAUGGCAAUUAUGUUGCUUCAAUUGGUUCAACGAUCUAAAAUUAGGUGGAUACAGUAGCUGAUAUAAUGAAGUAAAGCAAAGGAAGAGAUAAAAUUUGUAACUUUUUAUAGUAUUUUUCAGACUUUUACUAUGUCUGCCAUAAACAUAGUAAUAUUGAAAGAGUACAAAAGAAUUUCAAGUCAGAUUAAAUUCCUACUGCAAGAGUUGCUAAAAUGAUUAGAGAUUCUAUGAAGAAUGGUAGAAAAAUAUUUAAGUUUUUAAAAUUCAUUGGUGAGAUUAACAACUUCACCAAAGGAUUGAAGAGUGGUAAACCUAUAGCACUUAAAAUUACAGUACUUUUAUGUGUAAUUUGCAGAUUCUUUUACUACAUAUUAGAUAACAUACUAUGGGCUAUUAGUAUUGGGAAUUUAAGUGAAAUAUUUUCAAGAGAUCUGUCUAAAAAGGUAAAAUCUAUGAAGGAUUCUUUCUUGCUAACAAAAGGUUUUCUUAAAAUUUCUGAAGCUUGUUAUGUUUUCCUAUUUAAAAGAAACAAAGAAAAAGCUAUACUCUAAAAGCUAUCUGAUAUCUAAGCUUGCCACCCAAUUUAAUAAGAAAGCCAUAUAUAUUAUUUAUGCUGCAAAAUGAUGAAUAUAAAAGUUAAGAGGAGAGAAAAAACUAUUAAGCUACUUACUACUUGCAUAAGAAUACUUAUGCUUUGUAAAAGAUAAAAUCUUCCUCCAUUUAAUAAAUUUAUGAAUAAUAUAAGCUAUUCAUUUUUCGGACUUAUAUGCUCUACCAUAGGAUUAAUUAAAAGCUUCAAGUAAAAAGUUGAUGUUAUUAGUAUAGAAAAAGGGAAUUCGAACAAUUAAGAAUAUGAAGAAUUAUCAUAAAAGUAAUAUAUGCAGAUGUAGUCAAUUCCUAAAUAAAGGAGUUUAAUUUAAAGGUGUGAUUCAACCUUAUCUGAUUUGUUAAAUAUGGGUAGCGAUGACGAUGAUGAAUAGAAUUAAUCUGAUAUUGAUCUCUCUAUCGACGAUAUCGAUAAUAGUGAUUCAGACUAUGAUUUCCUAGGUGACGUGCCUUCAAGAGUAAAGGUCAAUAUGAAAAGAUUAAAUCUUAAUGAAAUAGAAGAAGAUUAGGAUAAUUCUGAUGGAGGUUCUGUUCAUAACUUCAAAAAAAAGAAAGUUUAAUUAAUAAAAUAAAAGUCUUCAGAGUAAUAUACAAAAUUCAAAGUUGAAGAUUGA